AUGUCUCUUCUGUCCAUUUUACGAUUGUGCCGAAUUGGAGAAAAUGUUAUUAUUCCAGCGCAAUAUGUGAUUCAAACCAAAAAUUAUGCGGUUGAUAAGAAGAAGCCAGCUAAAGCAGUUCAGCAAAAGAUAGAUAUACCAGUGGAAAAAGAUGUCAAUAAAUUAAUAACUUAUGUAUGUGGAUCAAACAUUUAUAAUGAUGGAGAAGAUGUGAAAUUGAAGCCAGAUUCUGAAUAUCCUGAAUGGAUAUGGAAUAUCAGAACUGAACCAUUAAAACUAGAAGAUUUAGAUCCAAAUACAAAACAAUAUUGGAGAUAUGUUCGUAAACAAGCAAUGAAAAGGAAUAAUCAGAGAAUAAAGUAUCGUAGACUCUAA